GAUGGGGACAGGCCAGCGUGGGACGCUCCUUCCUUGUCCCCCCCACCGAGCCUGCGCACUAGAAGCUCCUCGGCGCUGACUCCUCCGGCUCGCCGUCCCUUUCCAGCGUGCCCUGAGCGGAGCGUGCGCGCCCGGCCGGGCGUUCGGGGAGAUUCGUCGCGCGAUGGCGGCGGCUGCCAGCGCUUCGGAUAUGUUCGACGCUAUCGUGAUGGCGGAGGAGAGAUUUCAUGGUGAAGGGUAUCAAGAAGGUUAUGCUGAAGGAAGCCAUGUUGGCGUUAUUGAGGGAAGCAGGUAUGGAGCACUACAUGGUGCCAAGAUUGGGUCUGAGAUUGGAUACUAUCUUGGGUUUGCGUUGACAUGGCAGCGUUUGCUUCACAGAUCUGCAGAGGAAAAGCCCAGUAAAAAGAAAAUAAAGGCCCUGGAAUCAUUAAUAGGAAUGAUUCAGAAAUACCCUUUUGAAGACCCCAUUUAUGACAAACUUCACGAAGAUCUGGAAAAAAUCAGAGGAAAAUUUAAACAGGUUUGCUCAUUGCUAAAUAUUCAGUCUGAUUUUAGAAUCAAUCCUGAAAGAUCUGCCCUUACUUUUUGAGCAUAACAGAUGAAGAUAAAGAAGAAAUGUUAAGGAACAGCUAUCUGGGGGAGUGAUUAACUAUAAUAAAGGCAGAUAGUCAGAAUAUAAACAGGUUUUUAUUUUCCGAAAGGGAGGGUAGAAGAGCUAAGCAGCAGUGGAAGGGCACCCCUUUAAUGUUUGCUGUGUCCCAGUUUUAUUUGUUCAUUGCAACACCAGUGCAUGUCCUAUUUUAAAAAACAAAAAUGCACAACCUCCAUAUUCAUUCAACACUAGUCCCAUAUUGAUAGUCUGUCUUUAAUUUCUGGGGAAAAUCAUUUGCUUCUAUGAUGGUUUGUUUUAUGAUGUUUUUCCCUUAUUUAUUAUCCAAAGGAUGAAUCUUUCAAACCAUGUAUAGAUCUCUGAAUUUACAUAAUAUGUAUACAUUUACACAAAUAGGUAGUAAGAUAUUUUCCUUGUCCUGAGGAGCUUACAAUAAAGAGCUAUGUUAUUUUUGAGGGUGAAAGGGUGAAGCAGAGGAUGGGAUAACAAUGAAGAGGAGGUGUAUUACAGACAUGGUUCUGAAAGCAGCUACAGCUCAAAAGAGAAUAUUGCUGCUCUGUUGUUGGUUUUUCUGUAUUAUUUUCGUGAGCUGAGACACCUGAUGUCUGAUCCAGUGCUGAAAAAAAUGUAUUGGCAGCUGAAAGUGCUGAACAUAUUUAAAAGAAUGAGAUCUACCAGUGCCACUUAGAAUAACUAAGUAAUGGUGAGGUGUGUGAGGUAAUAUCUUUUAUUGGACCACUUCACCCACUUUUGUCUCUCACAUUAUGGGACCAAAAAUGCUGCAAUAAUUGAGUGGUAAAUUGUUUCCAAGAUGGGAAAUGUAUUUUUCAAUUUAAUUUAGAAAAUGGAUGCUGUCAGAAUAUGUAAGUGAAUACUCCACUAUGUUAGUUUAAGAGAAACAAAUUAUUUUGUUCAAAAGAUAUUUUGUAUUUUGGUGCUAGAAUAUUUAUGUAACUUUUUACAAGUAGAAUGUAAGGUGAUCACUUCUAGAAGGCAUUUCACUAUAGUGUAGUGUAUGUAUAUCUGUGGAGCUGGUUCACUUAUGUCAUUGAGCAACAUUCCUUUAUGUUAAUUUUUAAAUUUUUUCUAAAUACAACUAUACCAAAAUUCAUCAUAAUACACAAAGUAAAUAAAGAGGAUUACAACAUUC